GAAACCAAUUUUCAAAGAAAUAAUGGAUGAAACUUUUUCUAAUAUAUUGGCUUACAGAAUUGAAUUGACUAGUCAAAUUAUCCUUAUUGACUUGAUGAAGUGGUUGAAAACUUGUGAAAAACCUUGGCCUCAGAUUCUUUCAAGGGCUAUUACUUUCUUUCCGGCCUUUAAAAAGAGAAAUAGGGCAGACCCUUUUGUGGAGCUUAGCCUUGUUUGUUUACUUUUUUAAAUUGGAUUUUUGAGGUUUUUUACCUCCUUACAACAACAGCACGGAGUUUGUUUUAGAAACCAAUACAGCGCUAUUUGAGUUUUAUUGGAAAAUAGUACUGUUGUAGAGAGACUUCAGUGAGCUAUCUAUCUUUGUCGAUCUUGAAAGCUUUCGUAUUCGGCCUUCAGAUUGAAGAAAUCACAAGUGGUUAAGUUAUUCUUGUGGUGAUCUCCGUUGCGUAUUCGUAGGUGAGUAACAAGAGUCAGAUCCACUCGAGUUUUAGUAGAAAAGACAGCAAAGACCCGUUUCGACGAAGUUCGGGCGACUUUUUUGCCUUUUUUUUGCAAGUUGUACGAUUGAAAGAGAAUUUCUUUGAUCUUCAAGACAAUAACUGUUGGUUGUCGCAAAACAUGUGACAAUUUCUAUUUUCGAGAACUAUAGAAGCAUCUCAAUUUCUUUCCUUUUGUUGUUAGGAAAAUUAGUGGUUUCCACAAUUGCAUCAACGCAAAUGACUCUUGAAAAGUUCGAGCUUUUUUUCAAAGCGCUGAUCGUGAUAUUCUUCAUUCUUCUUUUCCUGAAAUACAUGUAUCAAAUAUUCAAUUGGCUCAACUUAUUUUCACGAAAUAUAAAUGGAAAAGAACAUAAAGUUACAAUAC